AUGAAAGGAAGUAACAGGGGGGGACCGAAGGGCAGCACCACCAGCGCGAAGAAGAAACCCACGAAGAGCAAUGGAAAGAGUAAGGGCGCCCAAGGCGGCGAGUUGCCAAUCCCAAGGAAUAAGACGACAACCAAGGAGAAGAACGAAAAGAGGGAGUCCGCCGAUGUGCAGGUGGUCAACAAGGAAACUGCCAGUGGGGGAGCCCUGAACAAGGAAACUGCCAAUGAGGGAGCGAUGAAGAAAGAAACUGCCAACAGAGAAGGUGCCAACAAAGAAACUGCCAAUAAAGCAGCUGCAAACAAAGCGGCCACCAACAAAGGAGCCACCAACAAAGGAGCCACCAACAAAGGAGCCACCAACAAAGGAGCCACCAACAAAGGAGCCACCAACAAAGGAGCCACCAACAAAGCAAACGGCGGAAAGACCCCCGCGAAGAAGAUCAAGAAGAAAGUGGACAAGCUGGAUCUCAUUCUGAGCGAAUUCAAAAGCGAAAUAAAAAACCAAGGGGGACCCCUCCAAAAUGGGCAGUGCGGCGGAGAAGACGAAGCUGCAGCGGUAGAGGCGGAGGAGAAAUACAAAAUAGACCUUGACGAGUUCGAAAUAGAAAGAAUAAAAAAAAACAUCACCCUGAAGGAACACCUAGUGGAGGAGCAAAAUAAUAGCCACAUAAGAUUACUAAAGAAUUGGCCCCAAGUAGAAAGGAGCAUACAAACAAGCCCGGCAACGGUGCCAAUAGAAAUGGUUUACCAAGGGAAGAACUACCCAGUUGGGGAAAUUCAAAACUAUAAACAUGUCCUUAGUGGAAAAACACUGCAAGAAAAGAAAGAGGUCGAAAAAUUAAGUUCGGAUUUUUAUGAAGAUCUAAGAAAAGCUGCAGAGUGUCAUAGACAAGUUAGGAAAUACAUACAGACGUAUGUCCAACCGGGAAGAAAAAUGAUUGACAUAGUAAAAGAGACAGAAAAAAAAACGAAAGAAUUGAUUUUAUCUCAUAAGUUAAAUUGUGGCUGGGGGUUCCCAACAGGGUGCUCAUUAAACCAUUGUGCAGCUCAUUACACUCCAAAUUAUGGAGACGAAACGGUUUUAAAAUAUGAUGAUGUAUGCAAGUUAGAUUUCGGAGUACAUGUGAAUGGCUACAUAAUAGACUGUGCUUUUACCAUUGCUUUUAACGAAAAGUACGAUAACCUUAUUAAGGCCACUCAGGAUGGAACAAACACAGGCAUUAAAGAGGCAGGAAUUGAUGCCAGAAUGUGCGACAUAGGAGAAGCAAUCCAAGAAGCUAUCGAGUCAUACGAAAUCGAAUUAAACCAGAAGACUUAUCCCAUUAAAGCCAUUUCAAAUCUCAGAGGACACUCCAUUAAUAAGUAUAUUAUUCAUGGGGGCAAAUGUGUCCCCAUCGUCAAACAGAAAGAAAAAAAUGAAAUCAUGGAAGAGGGUGAACUAUUUGCCAUCGAAACCUUUGCAUCCACUGGUAAGGGUUAUGUUACCCACGAUAAUGAAUGUUCCCAUUACAUGAGAAAUCCAGAUAAACAAUUUGUUCCCAUUAGAUUAAAUUCUGCAAAGACGCUCUUAAAAGUUAUUAACGACAAUUUUGAUACGCUGCCGUUCUGUCAUAGAUGGUUGGAUGACUUGGGACAGAAGAGACAUUUUAUGGCCCUAAAGACGCUGAUCGAUUUAAACAUCGUGGAGCCGUAUCCCCCCCUGUGUGAUGUGAAGAACUCGUUUACGUCUCAAAUGGAGCACACCAUUUUGCUGCGCCCGACGUGUAAGGAGGUUUUGUCUCGGGGGCCAGACUUCUGA